AGCGCCUGGUGAGCUCCGGGGCAGCCCAGGUGGGUGCUAAGCCGGGGCCCCGGCGCCGCCUGGUCUCGGGGGAGCAGAGCCGCCCGGGGAGAGCCACGUCGCGGCGGAGCAGCGGGAGACGGUAGCAGCAAACGUCGGGAAGGCCGAUGCGUGGGGUCGCGUUGGUCUUCCGCACGAGCGCUUAGAUCUGACGGUUUUGGUAGAAGAGAUUUUCUGGUGGAGUUAAGCGACUGGCUGAAUCGUGGGCAGAGACAACAGACAAAAUACUAAGGGCGUGUUGUCUUCAUUUUAUGUUGAGAAGAAAGAUGACCUAAGCACCUUCCAGCCUUUGUGGCCAAGGGCAGGAGUGAGGGAGAGGGCUGCCAGGAAUAUGGCUUUGCCUGGGAGCUUGCGGAGGCAGCCUGCAAACAGAGCCCUUGUGUCACAUUGCACUCACCAUCAUAUUACUGUGUUUCUGCUUACUUUCUUCAGUUACUCCUUGCUCCAUGCUUCCAGGAAGACAUUCAGUAAUGUCAAGGUCAGCAUUUCCAGCCAAUGGACUCCCUCCUACCUAAACAACACAGCCCUUGAGCUCCAGCCGUAUGAGCUCUGGAACAGCAACCAUUUAUUUCCAAAUGCAGAAGAAGCCACUCUCUUCUUGGGAACGUUGGACACUAUCUUUUUGUUUUCCUAUGCUGUGGGUCUCUUUGUCAGUGGCAUAGUUGGGGAUCGCCUGAAUUUACGCUGGGUUCUGUCUUUUGGCAUGUGCUCCUCUGCUCUGGUGGUGUUUUUCUUUGGCACACUGACAGAAUGGUUACAUUUCUACAACAAGUGGUUCUACUGCUGUCUCUGGGUUGUCAAUGGCUUGCUGCAAUCCACUGGCUGGCCUUGUGUGGUUGCUGUCAUGGGCAAUUGGUUUGGAAAAGCUGGAAGAGGUUUUGUGUUUGGACUCUGGAGUGCCUGUGCAUCUGUGGGGAAUAUCCUGGGAGCAUUCCUUGCCUCCUGUGUUCUCAAAUAUGGCUAUGAGUAUGCUUUUCUGGUGACUGCCUCGGUACAGUUUGCUGGAGGAGUCAUCGUCUUCUUUGGGCUUCUGACUUCACCAAAGGAAGUGGGCCUUCCCGAGCUUGGAACAGAGGAAGAAGGCAGUGCUGAGGAAGAUGCCAACAGACCUUUAAUGGAUGACGAUGAUGCAGAUGAUGAUGACCAGAAUUACUCUGUUCAAGCAACUGACACUGAUAACCAGCCAAAGGCCAUUGGCUUUCUCCAGGCUUGUUGCCUUCCGGGUGUUGUACUGUAUUCUUUGGCCUAUGCCUGCUUGAAAUUGGUGAAUUACUCCUUCUUCUUCUGGCUGCCCUUCUACCUCAGCAACAACUUUGGAUGGAAAGAAGCUGAAGCUGACCAGCUCUCAAUCUGGUAUGAUGUGGGAGGAAUCAUAGGUGGGACCAUUCAAGGUUUGAUUUCUGAUGUGCUGCAGAAGAGAGCUCCAGUGCUAGCGAUUAGCCUGCUCUUUGCUGUAGGCUCUCUCUUUGGAUACAGCCGUUCUCCAAACAGCAAACCUAUCAAUGCUGUGAUCAUGGCAAUUACAGGAUUUUUCAUUGGAGGCCCCUCUAACAUGAUCAGUUCUGCAAUUUCUGCUGACCUUGGUCGUCAGGAUCUGGUCAAAGGUAGCAGCGAGGCUCUGGCAACAGUCACAGGAAUUGUAGAUGGAACUGGUAGUAUUGGUGCUGCAGUGGGCCAGUAUCUAGUGUCUCUGAUCCAGGAGAACCUGGGAUGGAUGUGGGUUUUCUAUUUCUUUAUUCUAAUGACAAGUUCAACAAUCCUGUUCAUUUCACCAUUAAUAGUGAGGGAGAUCAGAUUGCUUCUGCAUGAACGGCGCCUCCGAAUGCUGGCUGGAUGAUUCCUGUUUCCACUGGACGGACUGUCGUACAGACCUGACAGCUGGGAGACUAAUGAAAACUCUGGGAGACUUGUUUGUUACAUCCUCCAGGUUUGGACUAAUUCAGAAUGGCUCCAUGAGAUGAUUCAUCUGCUUUUGUGAGCUCUGUAUUGAAAUACCAAAUACCCGAAUGGCCUGAGACCAUCCACACCAUCGAGCUGCUGAUCUGAGCUAGACAAUCCACAGGACUGGUGUAGGCCUACCAGAUUCUUCCAUGUCAGCAAUCACACUAGGAUCUCCUGUUGGGGAGGGGCAGUCUCGCUACUAUACUCCAUUCUUAUUUAUUUCUAGGUGUCCUGAUUGAAGGUCAGGUGUUUAAAACUGACAGUGGAGAGGCUGUCUUGCAGCGAAUUUUGAUGCUUUGUUGUGCUGGUAAAAUCAUACAGUGCAUUUCUUGAAUAGUCUAGAAAGGGCAAAAACGAUUAUUUGGAAUUCGCACUGUCCAGAUGUUUCAAAAAUGCUGUUGCUAAAUCUCUGCACAGAUGGACCUCUGCUAUUCCUAGCUUGUAACUGUCUUGUAUUCCAGCAGGUUCUUAUGGAGAGGUUAACUCCAUAUUUGUUUUUAGCAUUUUUUUAAAUAAUAAUAUUACUAAUCUCUGGGAAAUGAGAUUUCAGUUUCUGAAUAUUUAAGUAGACAAAUAGUGUGCAAUAUUUGGAUAACACUUUACUGUGAUCCAUGAAAAUAUGCUUUAACAGGUCCUUUGUCUCUGAAGGAUCCUUGAAUGGCUUUGGGGACCAAGAAUGGGACACAGAUACUUUUACUAGCAGUUUUUUAUUUGAAAUCUGAUCUAUACUGACCAAAAAUGGACUGUUGGGUGACCCUGUGAAGGAAGCUGGGCUCACCAAUUCCAUUCUCAUUGGGGAAUUGUCCAUCUCCAGCAAAGGAGAACCAAAACUGAAUUAAAGGAAGUUAAGUGACCUGGCAGCUCUUAGAUAUGGGCUUCCAGACUGGGACUGAUUCAUACCCUUGGAUAGCAUUAAUAAGCAAGUGCUGCUGUCUCCCCUGUGCUUCUCUGCCUGUGGCUGCAUAGGGGACCCCAAGCUCCUGGGUUUUCAAACUGAGUUGCAUCUUGAAAAGAAAAAUAGAUGCAAGUCAGCUACAAAAACAUGUUACUGCACUUAGUAUGGUAGUAUCUGAGCAUUUUCCAGUACUGUAGUAAGGAUGAUGGACUGACACCUCUCGCAUUUGUUGGCAACAUUACUGAGAUCAUUGAAUAACCUCUCAACAGAUUGUUUUCUGCUUUUGCUUGGGAAUGUUUCAUUGUAAUAGGUACUUACUAGCCAGCAGUUUCUGAUCAAAUAUUCAGUCUAAUUAAUCAGUGAUGCCUGGAUGGGAAUGGGGGACAGGGAAAUUCUUGGAACUGAAAAUUUGAAACUUUUUUAACAGGGAAAGUUGCCUUUUAAAAACGUACAGCAAUUUUUUUUAACUUAUGAAUGUCAAUUUUUAGUCACGUGAUGAUUGUAAUGAGUGGAACAUUAUUAGUGCCUUACAGGUUUUUGUGUAUUGAAUGGUUGCUUCAUGAUUGCUGCUCCUGCAACAACAGCUCUUCAUACAGCUUUGCUUACUGGGAAACUCGGUUAUCCCAUUUUAUACAUCUUUGAGAGUCUGUCUGUCUUGGUGGAAGUGAUUCUUGCAUUCUUUGUUAACCUGCAAAAGGUUUCAGUGCUUGGGAAAACUAUGCCGUUAAUCUUGACUAGGGACCUGAAUCCUGUUCUUGUCUCUUCUCAUUUGUGUUCCAGUUUUUGCCAGUAUAAUUAGAGCAAGGGACUGAGAAUCUAUCAUCAUGCUCUCAGAAUUAUGCCCUGGGGUUAGUGUUCAUGUCCCAAGCUACUCAUUAGUCCCUAUACAAAUAGAAUCAAAACUCCCUGAAAUUUAGUUCCAAAAUUGAUGGUGGCACCGUUUACCCCAGCCAUGGUGUCUGAGAAUCCAUGGUUUCAAAUUCCAACCUGGAUGAGCUUUUUGGCUGACUGUCUGGGUGCUAGAUAAGCUUCUGAUGAAAGGUGGGGUGGGAAAGGGACAUGGUGGGGGCAGGAGAGGCAGCCCCCGGGAACAAAUGGUUUCCUGUAAACAGUUCUGUCCCCUCUUGAGAAGUGUCAGAUGUGUUGUGAGCACUGCAAACACAAGCUGCCUAGCAGCUUGCAUGUAAGUGUGCAGUGGUGCUUUGAGGCCACUGUCAAUUAGCUAGGCAUUCCUAUGUCUUCAAGACUUCCCCCCCCCCUCAGAUUUUUGGUCCUGUCUGUUUCCUCAAGGUGCUCAGAUGGAGAAAGGUUUUAAAUUUGAUAAUGUCUAAAUUAAUCUCACAUGAAUAAACUUACUUUGACUUGA